GGGUGCAGGGAGCGUGACCCAGCGUGCGCACCCCCUCCGGUGCGUGGAAAUGGAGGCAGAGAGGGCGCGCCCCGUUGUGCUGGCGACCGUCACCUUUAAGUCCGGGGAUGGAAAUAGCGAAGAGGAGCUUUGAACCCCUCGCCCGGCCAGGUAGUGCAGCUGUCACCCGGCCCACCCUAGCGCCGUGCCAAAUCGGGGGCUCCUUACGAACAGUGCCCCAGCCUGCGUCCCCCUCUCCGGGCGCGGGCCGCCCCGACAGCCGCGCGGCCGCUCCGAGCCUCGCGGGUCACAGCCUCCUACUGAUGAGGGUUUUGGAGGUGGAAGCGCCCAGGCUGCGCUCUUUGCCAAGUCAGUGCCCACCGUGGCCUCGGACAGACACUUCGCUCUCCAAGGCACCGGCUCUGGGAGCUCCAAAGAGAGGGCGAGGCCCGUUCUACCCCUUCCCAAGACGGGUUUGAGCCUGACAUCUUGACACUGAGAACACCCGUCCUCGUCCAUCAGCUUGCAGAUGGGUGAUGCUGGAGCGCUGGAGGCGAGUGUCACAGACCUUUCCCCGGUGUUCCCUCAAGGUGAAGCUUCUCGCUCUGAGAGGUGAUAACGAUUUAUCCAAACUGAGAUCCUUCUGACUUCCAGACAUCCGUUUCUUAUACUGCAGGACCGUGAGAUGGUGACGACUAUCUUUGCCAGGAAAAGGAAUGAGGAAUCCACAUCUGAUUCCUCACUAGCAGAGAAGGCGGCUGCUGAUGCUGACCUGAGAGAGCAGCAUGAGGCUAUGGGAAGCCUUUCUCCAAAGUCAGCCCAUCACUCCAGGCUCACUUCCCUCUGUGGAUUCGUGAGCAGCCCUGACGAGAGGGCAUGAGGGUUCUGGAGGAUGCCCACCAUUUUGAAGUGUUUAAGCCCACACAGGUCCUUGUAGUUAUUAAUUUCCUGUUGGGGUGAAGCAAGUAGCCGGCGAUCACAAUACAGAUGGCAGUAGCGGCUUCACCAUGGCAACGAUGACGCCAAUAGGCGGGAGGCGUACCGACACCCUUUAGUUCCGGCUUGCUGGUGACGUCACUUCCGUCCCCGGCACAGCGGCGUGCACGCCUCUUCCUGCUGCGGCGGAGUGGACUCUGGGCCGAGGCGGAGGGAAUCCACGAGAAUGUGGGGCCGGCGACAUGGAAAAGGAAGGCGGGGAGCCGGCGGCCGUGGUCGCAGUGGUGACUGAGCCGCGGUUUACCCAGCGAUGCAGGGAGUAUCUCGAGAAGGAGAAACUCCUGGACAGACAGCACCGCGUGGAGAAGAUGCCGAACGGCACCGUGGCGCUGCCGGUGCUGGGAGACGCGCUCCCCGAGCAGCACCUGCGCGAGCUGAGGAGUCGUGUGGCUCCAGGCGGCACCUGUGCACUGACGCAGCUCCUGGGUCCUGUGCCUUCCAGGAAGGCCCAGGGUUGCUCGCCUGCCCAGCGGCUGUGCCUGGCGGUGAGUCGCUGGGCAGAGGGCCGGGGAGUGACAUGGUCGGCUGAGUUGGAGGCUGACUUGCCCCGAUCUUGGCAGCGACACGGUAACCUCUUGUUGCUGAGUGAGAACUGUUUCCAAGCCAAGCAGUGGAAACAUCUGGAACCAGAACUCUGGGGGGUAGUGGCCGCGGCCCUCGGCGUCCAGCGUUUGGCCAAACGAGGGCGGGUCUCACCAGAUGGCACUCGAACGCCAGCAGUGACUCUGCUGCUGGGCGACGAUGGCUGGGUUGAGCAUGUGGAUAACGGGGUCCGAUAUACGUUUGACAUAACCCGGUGCAUGUUCUCCUUCGGAAACAUCACUGAGAAGCUCCGAGUGGCGUCGCUGCCCUGUGCUGGACAAGUGCUGGUGGAUCUCUAUGCAGGGAUUGGUUAUUUUACAUUGCCAUUCCUCGUUCAUGCCGGUGCUGCCUUCGUCCAUGCCUGUGAGUGGAACCCCCAUGCGGUAGUGGCUCUGAAACGUAACCUUGAGAUCAAUGGAGUAGCAGAUCGGUGCCAAAUACACUUUGGAGACAACAGAAAGUUGAACCUCUCAAACAUUGCGGACCGGGUGAACCUGGGGCUGAUUCCCAGCUCUGAGGAAGGCUGGCCGAUUGCCUGCCGGGUGCUACGAAAGGAUGCCGGGGGCAUUUUGCAUAUCCACCAAAAUGUGGAAUCUUUCCCGGGGAGGAAUCUCCAGCCUUCGGGAAACAGUGAAAUGGGGAAGGAGGAUUGGCCUUGUCCUCAGCAAAUUAUCAGUAACCAACGGGAAAAUGGAGCUACUGGGGAUUCUAGGAGAAAAGUGCUGUCCGCAGCCAUCAAGCCAGAGUGGCACAGGUGGGCGGAGUCUGCAGAAACUCGAAUUGUCACUCUGCUUCAGCAGGUGCACGGGAAACCGUGGAAGACACACAUCUUGCACAUCCAGCCAGUGAAAUCCUAUGCACCCCACGUGGAUCACAUAGUCCUGGAUCUAGAAUGCCGGCCCUGUCCUCUGGUUGGCUAGAGAUGGUGGAUCCAGAGACACGAGGAUCUACCUGUGAGUGAACCUUCAUGCAUCAGCUCAGGCCAGGUUCUCACCCCUCUUGCCUCCGGUAAUCCAUUUAAAUACAGUAUGUUGUGGCCCUGCAAGCAGGCUCUGGACCAGUCCAUCCUGGGAGAAGCAGCAUGGCUCGCUGAAAUGAGGCCUAUCUGUGCAGUCAUGCAUUCCGAAUCCUGACCUCGGUUCUGUCUGACCGUGGGUACCUGGUUUCAGUAUUCUUUUGGCGUUGGAUUUCCGUAUUUACAAAAUAAGGGUUGCUCUGAAUUAUCUUACAUGCUUUUAUUUAAUGAGCGGUUGCACACAGGAUGUUGGUUAUCAGAGUGAAAGGCAGUGCUGUUCCCAAAAUCAUUCUGGUUACCAUAUGGAAAAUCAACCAGAAGGUGUUCAGGAGGGAAGCAGACCAGUGAGAAGGUCUCUGUAGUUGUCCAGGCCUGAGGUGAUGGUGGCCUCUAGUUGGUGGCAGUGGGAGGUGGAUGAAUUUGAGAAAUAAAAUCAAUGUGACUAAUGGAGUCUAUAUCAAGACAUUAAAGUGGUGCUGCUUUAUGAUUAUCACUGACAAAAUAAGGAGGGAAGAGGACAAAAAUUACUUUAGUGUAUUAACUCUGUUCCUGUACUUAGCAUUCCUAAAUGAGUGUUGGGAGGAGGGUGAUGUCUUAAAUACUGGGUUUAUUUUUUUUUAAAUUAAAUCUUUAUUCAGAUUAUUACAUUUGUUCCUCUUUUUAAAUAUUGGGUUUAUUGUGGUAGAAAAAUAGAUAAAAUGACUGCUUUAAAUCAUAGGGAAACUAGAUUUUCAGUCUUAAGCUGUGCAAUAGCUGCCAAUUACUAGCUUUUUUUUUUUUCUUAAGCCUCACUCGAGGAUAUGCUUAUGGACUAGAGCAGCGGUUCUCAACCUGUGGGUCGCGACCCCUUUGGGGGUCGAACGACCCGUUCACAGGGGUCGCCAGAGACCAUCGGAAAACACAUAUAUAAUUACAUAUCGUUUUUGUGAUUAAUCACUAUGCUUUAAUUAUGUUCAAUUUGUAACAAUGAAAAUACAUCCUGUAUAUCAGAUAUUUACAUUACGAUUCAUAACAGUAGCAAAAUUACAGUGAUGAAGUAGCAACGAAAAUAAUUUUAUGGUUGGGGGUUCACCACAACAUGAGGAACUGUAUUAAAGGGUCACAGCAUUAGGAAGGUUGAGAACCACUGGGCUAGAGAGAGGGGAAGGAAGAGAGAGCAUGAGAGAAACAUGGAUGCGAGAGAACAUUGAUUGGCUGCCUUCCAUAUGUCCCUUGACCAGGGUGAACCAGCAUCCUAAGUAUGUGCCCUUACCUGGAACCAAACUCAAAAACUCGUAUAUGGAUGACGCUCCAACCAACUGAGCCAUACCACCAGGGCUUGCUAGCUAUUUUAAAAGUUCGAAUUAAAACCUUAAAUUUUUAAAGGGCUUCUAUUCUCUUUUCAUCUUCCUUCCCUGGCCAACAACAUCAGGACCAGCGGAAGGAGCUAGUAUAGGGUAUGUGAGGCGUUCUGCGGUUUUUCAAGCCUCACUUUAUUUUAUGGCUGUCUGCCAUCACCAUUGUUUACCCUUUGGAUGACUGACUGUGGGGAAUCACUCUGUUUACCUUUAGGAUGACUAAUUGUGGAGAAUCACUUCUCAGAGCCUUAUUUUGGUGCACUUUGAAGCCUUCUGGGUUUGUUUAUCUGAUAGAGGAAAUAGAUAAAAGCAUGUGGCUUUAUCAGGAUUAUGACUGUACCUGGCAUUUGGUUAGCUGGUGUUGGGCUGGGCUGCUGGUCCUUUUUGCAACAGUGGCAGUAAACAAGACAGGAUUGGUGCUGUUUGUGUUAUUCCAUAAAUAUUAAGUGUUUAUUAUAUACAUGAGCCACAGGAAAUAUAUUCACUAGACACAGUUCCUGUCUCGGAGGAGCUCACACCCUAGCAGCUGAAAUAACACAAAUACUCAGAAUUUGAAGAUGAUGAAAUAGGUGCCAUAUGAGUGAUAGCAUGUUGCAAGAGUGCUAAGGAGAGGGAAAAAAGUUCAAAAUAAAUAGCUAAAUCUUGACUGGAAAGGGAAGCUUCUGGCAGUCUAACUUGCUCUAUUCCCACCCCCCGCCCCACCUCUAAUAUAGUGUUAAAUUGUUCCUAA